AUGGCAGAUUACUAUCAGAAGGGUCAUUUUGGUGGUCACUCACCCCAAAUCUCGGGCGUGAAGUUGGUGUCUGCAUCAGUGGCAGCUUUAGCCACAGUAGGACCUAUGUUAUGGAUGAUGGGGUUCAGCUUUUUAGCAUCCACAACGCUUCUUCUGGUGUGCUCGCCCCUUUUAUUGCUCUUCACUCCUUUGCUUCUGCCUGCUGCCUUUCUGUUCAUGAUAACUCUGGCUGGCUUUGCUGUUGCUGAUGCUAUGGCACUCACUGGUCUUCAUCUGCUUGGAGGGAUUGCAAGGGAAACUAGAGUGAUGUUUGGUGGACUCAGGCCACAUUAUGAAGGGAAAGAGAGGGGAUUUAUGGACUACUAA